CCUCAACUUGUGCUGCAAGGCAAUAUACUAGUGCGGUGCGUGCAAUCAACCCGGCUACAUCAUUAUCAAAAAUAAAAUCGUAUCGUAUAAUUAAAAAAAAAAUACAUAUAUAUAUAUAAAUUAAGGCAGAAUUAUAUGAUCAAUAAAAGAAAAAGUGCUAGUGGCAGCUUAUUAGCUGAUAAUAUUUGUUCAAACGUUCUGUCGCGAAUUUGCAGCUGUAAGUUGUGUGAAUUACUUUCUGAACCGUCUUAUGUUAUUUAAUUUGUCGGGUGUAAAUUAGUGGUGAUCACCUAAUCAAACACUUGUUGACCAACGAUCAGAAAAAAGUCUUGAAAAUACUAAGGUAUUUCGCAGCGAGAGCGAAUAAUAUGCACUAAUCAAAGCCUGAGCAGCUACGGUGUCAAACACCGUCGGUAUUUCAAAAGUCUACUCGUAUUUAUUGCGUGGCUUUUGUUGUUAAUUGGUUUACUGUGUAUUAGUGCGUGUUUUAAUGCCAUUUAUUGGUUAAUCAAAGAGCGCACGUGUGAGGUUGUAUAUGUGCUUUAAUUUGCCAAUAGACAAGUGCAAACACAAGUGCGGGCAUACAUGCAACCAUAUAUUUGUACAUAAAUAAUUCUUCGUUUGCAUAUAGAAUGAGUGAGUGAGCGUAUAACUCGAGCUCGAGUGUUAUUGCAACCGCCAUCAACUAAUUUAUGACAAUAUAACAAUUUACCGCCGGUAAAAGAUAGCAUGCAAAUUUCAAUUUUUUUUCAAAAAAUAUUACAAAUUUUAUCUUACAAACUUACAACGCGCAAAAGUAUAAUUAAAUUGAAAACCCAAGUGUAUACAAUGUGCAUGCUUACUUUUAUGGGCGCAUGGUGUACAGAGCAGAUUCUGACUACGACAAUCUCAUAGAACAAGACGGUUCUCGCUAGAAGCACGGAACCUAUGGAAACUAUACCUUUAUAAAUGGAUUACAGGGGUAGCGGCCACAUGUAUAUAUCUACACUUGAGUCGGAAUCGAUGUGAAGAAGAAGGCAGGCGCACAAGCUUUCAAACAACGUUCACACAAACGAGCCAAAAAUUGUAGGAGCAAGCGCAAGCGCAGGCGGCAGACAUAUUAAGUGCCUCAAAAAUUGUUGAACCUUGUUGGAGAAAUACAUAGGUAUGCGGAAAGUGCACCACAAAACAUAUUCGAACAUCACAGAAGAAGAAUUGUGGGCGCUUUGCCAGUAGCGGAUUACGGAAUGCGUGCGUGUGCGCAAUGCAAGGCAACGGUCAAGUAGGCGCGUAAAAGAACACAGCAUAUACUUGUAUGAGCAACCUAGACGUGUAAAGGAAACUGCUACAAAUAAAUCAAACGGAAAUCACAUACAUAAUCCUAAAUACAAAACAAAAAACCGAAAAUGUCGAAAACAAUAAACAAACAAGCAGAGCGCUUAUAUUUUUCAUAAAAAUACGAUGAGAUAAAAUGCAUGCAGCGACGUUGCUGAUGUGAUAAUGAUGUGGUGAUAAUGUUGUGCAUAUUAUAAUCGUCAUGUUCUUGAUAAUAAGGCAGGCUUCUUGUUUUGAACUCCAGAACGAUGCUGACAAUGAUUUUGUAAAUGAGGCUGCACUGAUGCACUGAGCAUAUAUGUUUAUAAGUCCUAAGGGAUAGGAAGUGGUAAAUGAAAGAAAUGUGUAGUUAAAGAGAAGUUGCAACUUAACAAAUAAAACUAAGUCAGUGUAAAUACAGGCUUGCAUUCAUAUACACAAAUUGCUGUCUGAUAUUUUUCGCCUAGAUGCAUUGCGAUCGUGUAGCAAGAGCGUGAAUCUACCUGGUAUUAAAUACGUACAAAUAAAUAUGAAUGUAUGGUAGCACAUAUAUAUAUCUUUACAAUAAAAGUUGUGAGCGCACCAUAUUGCGUUGCGUUCAUACAUACAGUGAGUGAGAGCGAAGGGAUUUAACGGUGUAGACGACGCAUACAAAGUUGCCGCCAUUGUUUUGUAGUUAAGAAGGCAGAAAUGCUGAUGGGCGGUGAAAUGCGGCAGUGAAAAGUAAGCAAAAAAAAAAAAACAUCAAUAUAAAAUACCAAAUCUAAAGUAGGAAAAAUUUAAACAAAUAUAUAAGAUAAAUAUAAAUGAAACGCGAGAAAAACAAAGGUGCUUAACUAAAUAAAUAAAAUAACACGUGAUAAAUAAAAAAUAAUAUCCCUUGAGUAAAAUUCAACCAGCAAGUGUACAUACAUAUACACAUAUGUAUAAACAUAUGUAUAAACAUAUGUUUCUACAUACGCGCUACAGUCUUAUAUAUAAGUACAUGGUAAAUGUAUGAGUUCAGGUACGGAAAUCGGUGCAAAAUCAACAAAACAACAUAAAAUAUAAUACAAUACAAAUAGUAAUAGUAUAAAAUAAUAAUAUGAAAAAAAAAAAUUUUACAAUAUAAACGCAAACCACAAUGCCAAAUCAACAAUAAAAAGUAUACAUUUUUUAUUUUAUUCUGCCGAAAUAUCGAAGUACAUAAGUGUUGUAUAGCAAUUUGUAGGACUAUUUUUGUGCAUUUCAGGUAUCUAAGCAAAACAAAUAAAUACGUUUAAAAUAAAAUAAAGUUGAGGCAAUAAUAAAACAAAGUCAAAAGUUCACAAGAAAUUUAUAAUUAAUUCAUUCAAUGAUAAAAGUAUAAAUAUAUAUAUAUAUAAAAGCAUAAAAUGUGUGCUUGUUUAUACUUCAAACAAUAAUAAAAUAUCAAUUCAAAUUGAUGUAUACAAAACGAUUUUGUUAUUAUUAUUUUAUAUGUAAAUUACAACAAGUAGCUAAAACGGAUGUGUAAGAAAAAUACCAAAACGAAAACAUUUACAAAUAGAAAUUUAAUAAUUAAAUUUACAACUAAUCAUAAUGCCACACAAUAGUCAUAGUUCACAUUCACGACAUGGUGGCUCGUCUAGCGACGAUUUGGGUAGCACCGAUGAAGUAAAAAUUUUCAAAGAUGAAGGUGAUCGAGAAGAAGAAAAAAUUUCAUCAGAGAAUUUGCUUGAGGAAAAAUCGAGCUUGAUCGAUUUGACAGAAAGUGAGGAAAAGAGUGGAAAACUGCCAUCGAGACCGGAUAUAAGUCCCGUGUUCAGUAAACUUGAAUCACACGCGUCAAGCUUCAAUAUGGGAUACCUGGUAUCCCCAUAUUCGUAUUCAAAUGGCGGUGCUGGUGGACUUCCGGUCACUAUGGCAAAUAAAAUUGGUCUCUCUCCAUUUUUCUGUCACAAUGGCGAUCCUUUGACGACACCACCCCCUGCGCACUGUGGUAUACCUCCAUAUCAGCUGGACCCGAAAGCAAUGGGUUUAACGAGGCCGGCUAUAUAUUCAUUUCCUUCAAGCCAGUACGCAUACCCAAUGCUUGGACCUGAUAUGACACCGUCGUGGCAUACACCAUCUGUAUAUUCUGCAGCAUCUAGUUUUAGAAGUCCUUACCCGUCAUCAUUACCUAUCAACCCAACGUUAUCAAGUGAUUUCCCAUUUCGUUUUCCGCCGAAUUUAUUGCCUUCAGUGCAUACCUCACCACACCAUGUACUCAAUUCACAUCCAGCGAUUGUGACAUCCGGUCCCAAACAGGACUGUAAUCAAGAACCAACAGCAAAUUAUCGAUAUUCGAGAAACUUGGAUAGUAAAAUAUCAACGGCUAAUCCUCAAGGAAAUGAGUGCAAAGACAAUUCGAAUGAGAAGAAGAAACCGCAUAUCAAAAAGCCACUGAAUGCGUUCAUGCUCUAUAUGAAAGAGAUGCGAGCCAAAGUUGUUGCCGAGUGCACAUUGAAAGAAUCAGCUGCGAUAAAUCAAAUACUUGGUAGAAGGUGGCACGCGUUAGGGCGUGAGGAGCAAGCCAAAUAUUAUGAAUUAGCUAGACGGGAGCGUCAAUUACAUAUGCAAAUGUAUCCAGAUUGGAGCUCCCGCACGAACACGUCACGGGGGAAAAAACGGAAGCGAAAGCAAGACACCAACGAAGCUGGUGGUGGAGGUAAUAAUAUGAAAAAGUGCCGUGCUCGAUUUGGUUUAGAUCAACAGAAUCAGUGGUGUAAGCCCUGCAGGCGUAAAAAGAAAUGCAUACGCUAUAUGGAAGGAUUGAGCGGCAGUGCUGUCAGCAGUGGCACUAAAGAUGAUAGCUUUCAGGAUUUGGAAGAUCUGGAUGAUAAUGCUAGUGAAGAUAAUCUGGGUAGUCUAGAUAGUAUUGAUGACAACAACAAAACUCCAGACGAUGAUACCGAAUCGCUGAAUCAUUCGCUAUCUAGUCCGGGCUGCCAGAGCGGUUUGUCUAGUCUUCAGAGCCCGUCCACCAGUAUGGCUAGCCCAUUAAAUCUGCUCCCUAGUCCUGCAACGCCCGCAACGGUCGGUCUGCCAUUUGGACUUGCUGACAGUCAACAAGAUCAGAAUGUACAAAGUCAGCAACAACUACAACAACCGAAUAGCGGUAUCGAUUCGGCAGGACAACAAAUUUGUAUGCAACAGCACCAGCAGCUACAACAAUCGAGCCAACAUCAAAUUCAUUUAAGUCAACAUCAGCAACUUCUGCAGCAACACCACCAGCAACCGCACACCAUAUCCUCACACCAUAAUAGUAGUAUUUACGAGCAUGCUAAAACCGCAAGAUCGUUUCUGUGUAGUGGCAGCGUUGGUGUCGGCAGAAGCACAUUAAUGUCGCCAUCUCUGCCAACUAACAGCUCCAGUGGCAUAUGUAUUGGCAGCAGCAACACUCUAAUAAAUACCUCAUCAUCAGCGUCUGCUGUGGCAACGGCGGCUGCUUUCACUGAACGCACCAUGCGUUCACUUCUGAAUCCUAGUCCAUCCGGCCUAUUACUGAAUAACAAUUGUUUUCCACCAAGCGGGCUGGAAUCCAGCGGAGGAGCUAUAGUUUCCAUAGAACAUAUUCUAUCAAAUACCAAUAAUUUAUCAACCAGCACUGUUACCAACACUCCAGCCAGUGUUGUUGCUAAGUUUCCUACUGUCUCCAACGCCUUAGGCAAUAGAGCUAAUGACGACUUAAAUAGUUUUAUUUCUUUCAAUAACAAUAGCGAUGCGUCCUUUACCAAUAGCACUGGCAAUAAUGGCGUUUGUGAAAAUAAUUCCAUGGCAGUUACUUUGACACGGUUAGUCAGCACCACAGUCAAACCAAUAUCAGCCGCGGGGGUAAAAUCGAUGGUUUCAUCGUCCGCUUCGUCUGCGCCGUCUUCCCCUGCUGGUGAUACUUUCGAAAAGAUAGUUGCUCCUAUCCAAAGAAACCCUAUAGGCGCUAAUCCACAUGAUAUCAACAACCCGCUCAGCAUUAAUCAGCUGACGAAAUGCAGUGAAAAUACGAGCAAUAACAAUAAAAUUAGUUGUCAUAAUAAUUUUAAAAAUUGCGUUGUAACGGCUGACAACAAUAGCAAUCCAUCUUGCUUAGAUAAUAUAUCAAUUGCAUCCAGCAGCAAUAUUAACGGGAUCGCAACACAGCAAUAUAAGCAUAACAAUCAACAACUACCUAAACAACUAGCCUUACGGAUAUCCUCCACCGCUGUUUCGCCUCAACAACGACAGUUGACGACGGCGUCUUUAUUGCCGUCAAUACCACAACAUUAUCAGCAGCAAUUCCAUUUGCAUACGACAACUGAGCCACCAACGCACCAUCAUGCAUCCCACCGCCAUUCGCAUGCACAUUCACCAUUGUUCAACCAACAUUUUCAACAAUUCAGUCAUCACUUGGCUUCCGUGGCAGCGGCGGCGGCUGCAGCGACCGUUCACAUGCCCAAUGUAUUGAGUGCUGCUAUUGUGAAACCCAACAACAAAAUGCAACCUAAUAGUAGAUGCGAUGUCACAGCUAACGAUGGUGGAGACGAAUCAGCUACAACAGCAACAGUUGAAGCGAUAGAAACUACUACUGAGAAUAAGGCAUACACAGAGAGCGUCGAAAAUAUGACAGCAUUAAAAUGCCAUCCUACAGAGACAGCAGUAGCGACAACGAUGCCUAUGUCAGCUACAACAACAGUAACGACGAAGACGCUGCCAGUGGUGGCUGUUGACAACACAGUCAUUGUUAAUGUUAAAACAAGCGCUUCCGGCAGUGAAAAUGGAGCAAUUAGAGUAACGUAACGGCAUCAGCAGAAAACCACACCGCAAACCGGUGAUAUCAAUGCAGUUUCGUUGCAUGUCAGCGUUUUCAAUAGCAAUUACAUAAAAAGAAAACGUAUUAUUACUAAUUUCGUUAUAUUUUAUUUUAAUAGUUUAUGGGUAUGAGUAUUACAAGAAUAAGCAAGUAUGGCGCCGAGUAAGCCGCAUGCAAAAGCAAGAACAAAGUUAUCGAGUUAAAUUUACACAAGAGAGUAUGCGGAUACCUGCCAAGUUUUGUUUUGCAUUGCAUUUUAGAUUAGUUUUCCUAUUGUGAAUGGUUCAAAUGACAAAUGAAAAUACAAAUUUAUUUUUUUAUCUUGUAUUUUAAAAACUUAAGACUUCAAAUCAAAUAUAGUAAUUUAUAAAAAACAAAGAUAAAGGGUUACUGCAUAGAUUUUUAGCGCUAAAAAAUAUUUCUUCACUAAGAAAGACUUCUAACACUAUUGCGCAUUCGUCAGAAAACACGUUAACACAGGGUUCCGCCACAAGUGCUACCCGUUUGUUUGAGCUUUUAAUAUAGCCUAUUCGAUUCGCGGGAGAGUAACACUUAGCGAAUCGAAAACAGCUAUUACUUAUUUAAAGUACUAUAGGCGAAUACGCCAGUCGAGAUGCGGUUAAAAUUUUUCAGUAAUCUAUCUCUAUAAGUUUUCCCUGUAUUAUUAAUGAAAUUGCUGACACAUUUUUGUUAAUAAUAAUUUUUAAAACAUAUAGCCAAAACACUCAAAAGCCAUCAAUAUAUUGCCGAAUAUUUUGUAAACUUAUUAUACCCUGAACAGGGUAUAUCAAGUUUGUCACGAUGCUUGUUACACCCAAAAGGAAACGUCAGAGAUCCUCUAAAGUCAGCGUGAUAAGCUGAGUCGAUUUAGUUAUGUCCGUCUGUCGAUACAUACAUGCCUCAGUUUUUGAGAUAUCGAUCAGAAAAUUUGCAUAUUUCUUUUUCUCCCUAAGAAAAUGCUGCUUUGUCGGAAGCCCUGAUAACGGACUACUAUACCAUAUAGCUGCCAUACAAACUGAGUAAUCGGAGUCAAGCGCUUGUAUGGAAAACUUUUCCAUUUGAGUAGAUAUUUUCACGAAAUUUUGCAUGGGCUAUUGCUUAAGGCAAUGAUGUAAUAUCCGAAGAAAUUGUUUAUAUCAGAUUGCUGUAGCAUAUAGCUGGCGAAACAUUCAAAAGCGAUAAAUGUAUUGUAAACUUAUUUAAUUAUGCAUAUGUCACUAAAAAAUUAAAUUGGAAGGGAUGUAUUCCGACCGAAAGAGUAAACUUUUAACUCAAUUGUUCGGUAUCUAUAAGUAAAAUCAUAUGUACACAUACCUUUUUUAUAAAGUUCUGAGUGAAUGUUUAUAAUAUAUUAUAUGAACUAACAAUAUAUUUACAUGACAAACAUUAUCAUUCUCGCCAAAACUAAUAUGUAAAAACUCUUCACAUAUCAUUUGCCAUAUCCUAAUAUUGUCAUACGUUUAAAAAAGCAAGUGGUAAAUAUAUUUGGUUUUAAAUAUAAAGUACCUGGCGUCGGGUUCAACAUUCAGUAAUACAAAUGACAAAAUAUUAUUGCAAAAGUACAUACACGGAUAAUUCAAUAAAGCAAAUUGUUCUAUGAGAAGCCCUGUUAUAUGUAACUAUAUAUAGGUAUACUACUUAUAUACAUUGGCUAUACACAUUAGUGUGUGUAAAAAAAUGGAUAUGACAUGAAGAAAUUCACACACCUUGUUUAUGUAGUGCAGUUGAUUGGGUUAUGAUAUAUACAGUAUAUAUUUACAAAAAGACCAAGAUAUAUACAUAUAUAUGUAUAUGUAAUAUAUAUAUAUAUAUAUAUAUAUAUAUUGAAUGAAUUCAUAUCUUUAAUAACGAAAGUAUUUAUUAAAACAAUACAUUAAAACUUUUAAAAAAUUAUUGUAAAGAAACUUAAUGAUAGACUUGACCGAAACUCUAAACGAAUUUAUUUUCAAAAGAAAUGAUGCUGAAGAUGUCAUAAGCUACAGGUAUAAAGGAAUAGUUAUAAAUUUCAACAAAUAUGUAUUUUGUCAUACUUUUUUUAAAAAACAAAUCAUAUUAAAUACGCAACAGCACAUAAUUGGGCAUGUACAUAUGUACGUAUACCAUAUCACAACCACCCACACCAUUUUUGAUUAGUUGUACCAAUUUAUUUCACAUCACAUAUCGGAAUUGUAGUACACAAACAAUUUUCGCUACCUUCCCAAUUUGAUACAGGUUAUAAAAAAAAUUUAAGUUUUAGUCAUACGAAAAACAAAUGAGAAAAUUUAAAAAUAAGCUUUGGUAUGAAUAUUAUUUGUAGCUUAAGAUGAAAUAACUAGACAAUGUUGCGAUAGUAUCUCUAAAACAGAAACAUAAACAAUAUAAUGCAAAACAUAAACUGUGCCACAUUUUCGCCAUAUAUUUUUUGUCAAGUUUUAUGUAAAAAAAAAUUAAAGAAACAAUAACAAUUAAUUAAGCAUUUAAACAAAAAAUGAAUGAAAAAUCAAUAAAAAAUGAGAGAAUAAAAACAGUUGGUUGAAUAAUACAAAUAAAAUUUACACAACGAUAAAUAAAAAUAUAAGAAUAGAAUUUAACAUUUCGAGAUUACAUGAACCUUUAAAAACAAUGAGUGGAAAAAUAUAUGUAAGAUAUCAUAUCACGUUUUCUGUUUUAAAUUUAGAAGAUUUUCUUGCUUCUAGCAUAAAUAUGAAACAUAAACCUAAAAAUGGACGUAAAAUGCCGACUAAUAAAACAUUAACUUAAGCUGAAAAUUUUGAAUGUAUACAAGUUACAAAGAAGGAUCAUACAUGUAUAUGACUGUUGCUCAGAGAAUUCGAUAGCAUUUCUCGGUCAAGCUUGUAUUAUAGUUAUGACAUAUGCUUCAAGGGGUCACAAGCGGAUAUUCGAAAAAAAAUGUAUUAAAUAAAUUAUUAAUACUGGCUAUACGACUUUGAACCAUUUUAGCAUGUUGAUCAUGCAAUGUUAUACACAAUUUUAACAAGAGGAAAACGUAAAUGAUGUCCAUAUAUUAAUAACUUGUUUAGUUGCUUACAUAUAAUUAAAAAGAUAAAAAGCGCAAAGUUAUUUAAAAGUCGUUAAUUAUUUUAUUUCUAUCCCCCUCUUCCCCUCCAAAGAAAAAAACAAUAUUUUAAUUGCUGCUACUUUUGCCAAGCAACUUUAAACUUAGUAUAAAAUUAUUUUAAUCGAGACAAAAUUUCAGCAAAGAAAUCCUUUGGUUAGUGUGUAGUUUUUUUUUAGAAAACGUUAUUCAUUGUUUCAAAUUUUGAUUUACUUCUACUUGCAUACAACUUCCUUGGAAAAUAUAUGACCUUUACUUUUUACUUUUUACUUUACUUAGUAUAUUUCCUUUUAACCGCAUUUGAAAGUAAUUUUCAUAUCUUAGGGUGAGACCAAAAAUAUGUACAAAUCACAGUAACUUUUGCGGUUUAUUAUAACAUUACUUCUAUAAUACUGCAAUUAGGGAUGGAUUUACAAAACUUACAAGCUGUAUUCCUUCGAUAUGUCAGUCGCUGGGUUUGUACAGAAAACAUGAGCAUGUUAUAAUAAUAAAAUAACAUUAAGAAAUUUAAUAAUUACGAGUUAUCUAUACCAAAAAGAUUUUGAGAGAGUGUGAGCAUAAAUUUGAGAAACAGUGGCAACAAUCACUAGUAACAACAAUUUACAACUCACCAUAGCAAAAAAAGCAAAGCAAAAUGUAAUAUUGAUAAGUGGCAUUGAAGGCAAGAUAUAAAUUACAAAGCAUAUACAGUAUGUAUGUAAGCAGACUAGCGCAUAUUUAUGUAUGUACAUGGGUAUGGGUUUAAUGAACAGCUACGAAGGAAAUUAAGCGAAAAAAUCGUUAAAUGAUAAUUAAACAUAUAUAUAUAAUAGAAAUAGUGGCUAAGGCGAGUUGUGAAAGCAAAUGUAUCGAUAAUUGCCAAUUUUCACUAAAAGACUGUUACUAUCUAUUAGUUGUAUGUAUAAAUUACCACUAAUAAAUGAUUAAUGUACACAUAUUAACAAAGAAGUAUAAUUAAAGCUAAAAACGGAUUACAAGAAUUUCAUUAGAAUUAAAAAUUAAUGUAACUAAAGUAGUGUAGUUAUAACAACCAUAUUAGUAAGUAUAAAUAGUUAAUAGUUAUUCAAUAUUUUACAUGUAUGUACGUAUGUAUGUUAUUAUUAAAUUAUAAGAUAAAAUGUAAUGCAAUGUGUGUUGUGAAGAAUUAAUUUUAAAUGCAUUUUUGUAUAUGUAUAAGCGAAUUAUAAUGAACCAACCACAACCUUGCAUAGUGAUGCCUUCGUAUGCACAAGAGAAAAGUGAAAAUAUUUAUUUGUGCAUUAGCAAUACUGCAUUGGUUCUCACUGAAUAAUUGCGUAUAAAUAUAAAAAAAAAAUGGAAUAUAAAAGUAUUGAUAUACAGCUAUGUAUUGUACUGUACAGCGGAAUAUGACAUUUAGUGUACAAAACUACCUGGAAAUGUACAUUAACGCAGCAUACUUUUAAAAUUAUUAAGGUGUGCAAACAAAAAAUAGAAAUUACAAGUUUUACCUUGAUACAUAUGUACAUAUUUUUCACAUGAUCCGUUUAGGUACGGUUGUAUGUAUGCUUAUGCCGGUGUGUCUAACAGCAGACUAAAUCUCAAAUUUGGUUUAACCAAGUUAGUAAAUAUCGGCGAAUAUGACUGUACUUGGCGUGUGAGAUCAAAUUCAAAGGAAGGAGCAAAGGAAAGCCUAGCACUAAGUGCAUUUUCACUGUGGUAAAUGUUCACUAUUCGCACAGAAGUGUAAACACACAAAGUGGUAAAGUUAAAGUUGUACCGUGUGUUUAUAUCCUGAACAGGGUAUAUUAAGUUUACCACGAAGUUUCCAACACCUAGAAGGAAACGUCGGACACCCUAUAAAAAAUAUAUAUAUAAAUGAUCAGCCUGCCGAGCUGACUUGAUUUAUCCAUGUCUGUCUGCCUGUAUACGAGUAUACGCGAACGAAACCCACACGUUUUGAGAUAUCACUCUGAAAUUUCUAACACGUCUUUUUCUCCCCAAAAAGCUGCUGAUAUGUCGGAACCGCCGAUAUCGGACUACUAUAGCAUAUAGCUGUCAUACAAACUGAACGAUCAAAAUUAAGUUCUUAUAUGAAAAACUUUUUAUUUGCCAAGAAAUCUCCACAAAAUUUAGCAUGGAUUGUUGUCUGCGACAACGCUAUAAUAUGCAAUGUAAUUUUCCAGAUCGAAACGAUCAAAAGCAAGUUCUUGUUUGAAAACUUCUUUAUUUGUGUAGAUUAUUCCAGCUUCGUGCAACCGAAGUUAACAUUCUUUCUGGUUUUAUCAUAGUUUUCCUUUUUCACCCUUUAACAUGGCAUGACACUGCGUUUCGGCUCUGUUUUCAUAACGCUUUAGCAUUCUAUAGCGUUGAAAAUUCCACUCAAUUAUUUUCGCCUAAAUUUAUAUGUGUAUAUACAAGUAUAUUUACUUAAGUAAGUAUAUUUACUUAAAUUUAGUUUAAAUAAGUUCAAGAUUUUUCUUCUUCUUUUUGUCUCGAAGUAAAUAUUAUAUAAUAUAUUAUUAAUUACCAAACUACUAUGUCAUGUGUGAACUAAUGUGUUAUUGUUAAGUUAGACGUAAAUGUAUGCGUACGUGCAAUAUAUGCGUCUUUAGUAUACGCUACCUAUUUAUUCAUAUGUCAUGCUAUGGAAAUAUUGUGUCAAAUUUAAACAUUUUAUUGAGUACUUACGUGUAGGAAGAAAAUGUACAUCAAAUAUUUCAACAUUAUCCUUGUAACGAAUCCGUAAAGGCAUUCAUACAUAUGUUAGAUUUAUGCACAUUGCCGGCUAAUCAAUCCAUUUGCAAGUCAUAAAAUUAAAUUAUAUAUUUAUGUAUAUACUAAAUAUGUGUACAAGAAAUGCCAUAUAUUCUAGAAAGAAAACUGAACAAGAGAGCUUUCACAUAUAAGUACAAAUAUUAAAUUGCAACAGUAAACAUUUAUAAAAGGAACAUUCGUAAUUUCUGUUAAAACAGCUUCAAAAAUUUAGUACUAUUGUAAAUAUUUGCUAACGAAGCGUUUCGAUAUACUUAAAGUAUUUAAAAAAAAAGAUUACCUUCUAUUGAACUUUAUAAGUUUAAUUUUUCUAAUAUUCCAUAAAAAAUUUUAAUAAAAGAAAAAAUUAAUUUUUCUUAUAUUUGACAAAAAAAAUCUAAAAUUCAACUUCAAAAAUUAUUAUAUUAUUUGGAAAAUUUAUGCCAUGCUAAAUACUUCUUUGAUGAAAUCGCCUUUUUUUUAAACCUUGGACGUUUAAUUUUUCUUAUAUUCGACAAACAAUAAAAUUUUCUAUUAUUCGACAAAAAAAAAUUAUAAAUUCAACGCUGCUCGUUAAGAAUAAAGUGUAUUUUAGUAUUUGGAAAAAGCACGCCUUGUUUUAUAACUAACAAGUUUACUUUUUCUAACAUUCGACAAGAAAAUUAUAAAAUUCGACAAAAAAAUAAACGCUUUUAAUAUGCGACAAGAAAAAGUGUAAAUUCGACAAAAAACAAACAAACGUCUCUAAUAUGCAACAAAAAAAUUAAAUGUUACUAAUAUGUGGCAGAAAAAUUAUAAAUUCGAUAAAAAAAUAAAUGUUUCUAAUAUGCGACAAAAAUUAAUAAAUUCAAGUCUGCUCGUUAACUAUUAUCCAAAAGCACCAUUUAUUUAGCAAAUCAUGCGUCUAAAAAUAUUUAAAUUCUAAUACAUGCGUCAUUUAUUAAAUCGGCAGUGCACUUGCAUUUCCGAAAAGUGCACGCAAUAAAGCUUUGCUGAACCUAUUCCACUGUUGCUGUUGCGUUUACAAAAACAGUAUGCUUGACUAUUUCCAGCUUGGUAGUAUUUUACAAAAGCAAUACUGUUAAUUUAAUUGUUGAAAGUAUUUGUGUUUGUAUAUUGCCGCAAGAUCUUUGUUUAUGUUUACAGGGAUCACUUAAGAAAUGUUGAUAAAAAUAGAAAAAAGAAAUUUUGGUAUGUAUUAUUUUUAGACACCUUAUGUUUAAAAAUGUGCAACUCUUUGAUAUCUAAUCAUUUAAAUGCUUCCAUUAAUUAAGUUUUCUUUAUAAGUAAACUAAAAAAUAACAAUUUUAUUUACUUUAGAGUGCUAUAAAACUUAAUAUAACAAUAAUAAAAAUAGUUAACAUAAUAAUUUAUCCUGAAUAAGCGAAAUUAAAAUACAGUGUACAGCAUAUGACGGUAUUUUUAAUUUCAAUUGAAUAUAUUAUCCUUUGAAUUAUAUAUGAAAUAUAUAUUUUGUCGAGUCGAUGAACGUGUAUGGCCAUUUAAUUAAUGCAAAUAAUAGCUUUUUUAUUUCAAAUGUUUGGGCAUAAGUGCCUAGCAGGGUAUUACCCAGAGUUUUGCUACACACUAGUGCAUCCAGUUUUUACUUCGAACUGUACAAAUGUGACUUAUAAUUUGCUGGGUAAUACUUUUAUUAAUGAAACUGAGCCAUUGAAAUCCCGCUCUUCCAAUAUAUAUAUUUUUCAUUAUAACUAUUUUUUGUCACAAAACGUAGUGAGUUUAGUUAAAAGAGUAAAUUGAUUAUAUUCUUACAAAAUUAUAUGCAUGGAGUUGUGGAAAAUUUGUGCUUAUGUAUGUAUGCGUCUCAUUUAUAAAAUCAUCUAAUUAAACGCAGUUAUACAAUUUUUAGUUAAUUCAGCAGUAAUUUUAAAAUCCGACAAUGUAUAGCUACAUAAAAAUAAGCAUAAGUCAAAGAAUUCAAAUUAUAAAAUAUUAAAGAUCUCCCAGCCGUACAAAUAGGGGCGCAAUAUAUUCUUAUGUAGGUAUACUCAAUUGAAACAUAAUAUGUGCAAACACAGCUAUAUAAUUUUAUACUUUAAUUAAAAUAAAUAUAUAGUCUUUAAGUUGCCAAUUAGAUAGUUUCAUACAUGCAUGUAUUUAAACCAAAACCAAUAUAACUUUUAAAUACUGUUCACCAUUACCAUUAUGUUUAAAACCUUAUAUGUACUCAUAUGUGUAUUCAUAAGUAUACAUAUUAUGUAUGUAUUUAAAUAUAUAUACAUAUAUAUUUUAAUGUUAAUGUACAUGUAUACUAAUGUAGUGAAAAUUAAGUUAAAUAUGUAAAGUCAAUAAUUAAUGUAAUUUUAUAUUCGCCUCAAUUUCAAGUUGUAUGUAAUGGUUGUAUAAUUAAUUAAAUGAAUUAUUUACAAACAAUUUUUCGAUUAAUGAUGACUACUUAUACACAUAUGUAUAUCAUACUCAUAUUACCGUUUAAAUAUACAUACAUAUCUUCACCUAAAAUGCAAAGCAACGUAUCAACAAAAAACACAAAACCGUGUUACAUAAUAGUCUAAUAUCGGAAUUCAGUACUUUGAUACAGUCACAAGUCUCUAAGUUUGGGUAUUUAAAGUAGAAAAUUUAUGUGACUUGAGACGAUUUUGCAAUUCAGUACGUGACAGUCACAAAAAUUUCCCAAUUGAAAACGAACAGAUCUAAUCAGCUGUUACAUUUCGCUAUUUAGAGAUGUGUAUAAAACCUGAAUGAAAAUAAACAUGUUAAUAACAAAUAUAAAUUUUCUAUAACGCAGUAAAAAUAAAUAAUUACGAAUAAAAAAUAUAAAAGGUUGACUUUGAAUCACAAUAGUUACGAAAUUUAUUUGAAAUUGACUUUUUUUAACUUUUACGUGUUUGAGGUGCUUAAAAAAUAUAAAAACCGACGAUCUAUUAUUAUCUAUGCUGAUCUAUAAGUGAAAUGUCAGUAUAUUCAAAAUGGAAAACAAGAAUUAUCAUUACUUUUGCGAUACUAUCAGGUGCCAACUUUAAGACAAUAUUUUUUGACUAAAGAUUAGACAUUUUAUUGUGAAUCGUAACUUGUCACAAAUUGAGACUUUACUUCAACAUGUCUCAAAUAGUGACGAGAGACUGCAUAACCUAUUACAUAUAUUUACAUAUGUACUAUCAGAUAUAACCAAGUCAGAACCGAAAUUCCAAUUUUGUUUCAAUAUAUGUAAAUAGUUUAAGUUUUAUGUUAUAUUAUGUUUUAUAAUUUUUUACACUUAAUGUAAACUUUCAUAAGUUAGCUGUUGCUGCGUUACUUUGUAUUUUAGGUGACGAUAUAUAUAUGUUUAUAAAUAGGUAGUUAAGGAUAAAUAUGCUUAUAUAAUAUUCAGAUAUACAUAAAUAUAGAUUAUAAAAUACAAUUAAAUAAGCAUAAAUAUAUAAGAAUAAUAUACAUAUAUAUAUAUAUAUAUAUAUAUGUAUAUAUUAUACGUACAGAUAUACAUAUUAUAAAAUAAUUACUGUUGAAACAAGUAAAUCAAAUAGUUGUAAAAGUAAGCACUCAAUAAUGUGACCGCAAUAACUUAAAAACAACAACAUCUUCUUUAUUAAUUUAUAAGUUAUUUCAAAUAAAGAACAUAAUUCAUUAAAUAAAAACGGUUAAGUUUUCACAAUUUAUUCAAGAAUUAAAAAUUUUGGAUAAAAAAUACCAUCGGGAUUAAAUAAUGAAAAUUUUAUUUUUAUUGCAAAAUUUUUGAAUUAAAAUAUUCGGAACCAUGUAUAUAAUAUACCAUUGUUCAGGUAUAUUCAAAAAAAUGUUUUCAAGUAAUUUUAUAAAUAUAAUAUAUAACUUAUACUCUGACCCAUAUAAGAAUAAAGAAAAUCAUUAUAUGUAGUAAGUGGAGGGUUGGGUAAUUCGUAGUUCAAUAUCACGUAUUUUCUGAUAUUAGGUAUAUGAUAGAUAGGGAUAGUAUUGAACCGCUUUUUGCCAUUACCACAUAUUAUUAACAGAAAAGGAUGAUCUCUGACUUUCAUUAAGUACAUAGCAUUACUAUUAUUAUAAGGAGUAAAGUCAACUUUAUGCUUGUAAGUCCUGAUAUUAGAUAUAUGGGGCUAGGACAAAUUUUCAGCCGAUUUUAUCCAUUUUAUGCACAAAGAGACAUUAUCAUUAAAAAAACACUCUUUUUCAAUUUCAUAACUCACAUAUUGACCGAUAUUUGCGUUAUGAAGUCCACCGGAAGUCCGAAAAUUUUAGUAUUAGGUAAAAGGUUUUCCAAUAAGAGUGAUAUGAAUUUUUUUCAAAAACAAACACACUAAAUGUUAAAGAAAUUUAAAUUUGAUUUAAUGUAAAAUACAAUCGAUACCAAUUGCGGCCCUAAGAAGUUGGUUUUAAUCGAUCUACACCGCUCUCCAUUGACAGUAACGGUGUCACCAGCUUCAUUUCGAAAGAAGUACGGACCGGUGACUCCACCAGACUAAAAACCAAACUGUCUAUUUAGGUAAAUGUAAGGGGUGUUCAUUAAUAAUUUGUGGCAUCGGAAAAAAAAUAAAGAAAAAAUGGCAAAAGCGCACGAAAAGUUGCAAUUGGAGAACGGUUAUUUUGAUAAUAAAAUUGAAUAAUUUGUAAACGUUCUUCUUGCGUAUAUCUUUCCGUGAUGAAAUUGUAAUUCAGUAAUGUAAUGUCAUAAUGAAAAAAAUUACAGAUCAUGGCACAUUAAAAAUGGCCGAGACGACGCUUAGAAAUCAUAUCAUCCUUAUUGGAAACCCCGAUUUAUGGGGACUAAGGUAAUUAGUGAUCCGAUUCAAUCAAUUUUUCACAUACAGGUAUACUAUUAUCAGAUAAGGAUUAUCUCUGAGUUUCUAUAAUACACCUCACAGAGUGACCGAUAUUUUCAAUACAAAAUUCGCAAUAGAAACUGGGGUCCACAUAUUCGGUACCUGGGGGGCUGGGGGGUAGGAACACGUGUACCAAGUUUCAUUAUGAUACCUCAAUUUUACUCAAGUUACAGAGUGCACAGACGGAAGGACAGACAGUCACCCGGAUUUCAACUCGUCUCUUUAUCCUGAUCAUUUAUAUAACGGGUGAACCAAGUAGAGGUACUUUUUUCAAUUGCCUUUUUUUUAACAGAUCACGCGUGUGUCGUGUCAGGCUGUUCAAUAUUAUUUGGUAUGGAACUGAAGUGCGCUCGACUUCACCAGCGACAUCACUUCGCUCUAUGGGCUCUUGAAAAGUUCCAAGAAGAUCCGACGUUUUCGACCCAAAUUCAGCGAUGAAGCUGGCUCAAUGUGAUCUCGGCGACAUUUAGUUCCAACUAGACGGCGUCAUUUCCCACUCAACGCAUCAAUCAAUGGAAUUAUUGAGAGAACACUUCUCUAUGCAGAUAAUCCUGCUUCGGUUCAGGCCUUGAAGCAAAACAUCACGCGGGGCAUUCACCAGUUACCAGUCGAAUUUCUAGAACGAGUCAUCGAAAAUUGGACUCAACGCAUGGACCAUCUGAGACGUAGCCGCGGCCAAUAUUUGAGGUGAUAGUCUUCAAAAAAUAAAUUCCAAAGAAUGUUCUAACGAAAGAUAAUAAACAUUUCCAUUAAACUUGAA